GUCACCCGCCAGCAAAACAAGAACGAAGAAGAAGAAAACGUCUCGGACGGGGCGAAAAUGGCGGAGUAUCUGGCAUCCAUCUUCGGUACAGAAAAAGACAAGGUAAAUUGUUCCUUUUAUUUCAAAAUCGGAGCCUGCAGACAUGGAGACCGUUGCUCAAGAUUGCACAACAAACCAACCUUCAGCCAGACCAUCUUGAUCCAGAACAUCUACCGCAACCCUCAGAACAGCGCUCAGACUGCAGACGCCUCUCGCUGUGCGGUGAGCGAUGUGGAAAUGCAGGAACAUUACGACGAGUUCUUUGAGGAGGUGUUCACGGAGAUGGAGGAGAAAUAUGGAGAGGUGGAGGAGAUGAAUGUCUGUGAUAACCUAGGUGAUCAUCUGGUUGGAAAUGUCUAUGUGAAGUUUCGUCGUGAGGAGGAUGCAGAGAAAGCCGUCAUGGACCUGAAUAACCGCUGGUUCAACGCUCAGCCCAUCCACGCAGAACUCUCUCCAGUUACUGACUUCAGAGAAGCCUGCUGCCGCCAGUAUGAGAUGGGGGAAUGCACCAGAGGAGGCUUCUGCAACUUCAUGCAUCUGAAACCCAUAUCACGGGAACUUCGUAGGGAGCUCUAUGGCCGCCGCAGGAAAAAGCACCGCUCUCGUUCCCGCUCCCGAGAACGACGCUCCCGCUCCAAGGAUCGACGACGGGACCGCGAGAAGCGGAAGUCGAGGGACCGGGAGCGUUCUGGGAGGUUCUGAAAGAAGCCGGCACUGAUGCAUUGAAUCCCUCCUUCCUACCCUCAGCAGUGAUGAUGUUGUUUUCUUUUUUUUCCCUUUUUUCUUUUGGUAAAUUGUUGAAAUUGUUAUUUUCUUUUAUUCGCUUUUUUUAAAAAGACAAGCUUGUGUCGCUUUCUCAAUAAAACAGAUUUGUAACUGCACCGCCAGAA